AUGGUUUGGGGUACAAAAACAACUCAGAAGUCAUGGUGUCAGGCUGGAAUUGUGUUGGAACAAACCUCACUUGGGUCAUCAAUAAGCUGCUUGGCUCUGCUGCACAUCAUUUUCUGCUUGGCUCUUGGAGUAGCAGCUGCACAUCAGGCUGGUGCUUUCACCGUCACUGGCCUCCCUGGAUAUACUGGCUAUGUGCCUGGGAAGGUGGCGGAAAAUGUGCACGCGCUGACCUUCCAAAAGGCCAACGAGCGAGCCAUUGCCGAGGCCCAGAUGCGGAAGUUUGGCCAGACUCCUUUGAUCUAUCGCGGGCGCAGCUAUGACGGUCCAGCUCCAGGAGCAGAAGUGCCAGGAUACACUGGAUUUAUUCCGGGACGCUACGCCAACAACGUGAUCGGCUCCACCUUUGCCAAGGGGGCCGGGAGGCCCAGAAAGAGGUUCCGAGAUAUCUGA